AACUCCAUGGAGGGCUUGUGGAAUAGGAGCUGGAUAUGGGCUUUGAUGAUUUUGAUUCAAAUCCAUGGAUAUAAGUGUUGUCUUGAAAAGGAGAGGAUGGGUCUCUUGGAAUUCAAGCGGUUCCUGAGAUCAAAUAAUGAAGACGCAGAUCGGCUUCUUCCUUCAUGGGUUGAUGAUGAGGAGAGUGAUUGCUGUUAUUGGGAGCGAGUCGUUUGCAACUCUACAACCGGCACUGUAACCCAGCUCUCCCUCAACAACAUACGGCAAAUUGAAUUUUAUCAUCGUGUUUAUGGUCUGGCGCCGCCGGAGAAAACAUGGUUUUUGAAUGUUUCAUUGUUCCAUCCAUUUGAAGAAUUGGAGAGCCUGGACCUAUCUGAAAAUUGGUUUGCUGAUUCCCUUGAGGAUCAAGCUUUGAAAAGUUGAAAGGUUUGAAGAAGUUGGAGACGUUAAAUAUUGGUCAGAAUUAUUUUAACAAAAGCAUUUUUCCAUCUGUGGGUGCUCUCACAUCUCUUAAGAGUUUUGAUUCUUAGAGAAACCAAAUUGGAAGGAUCUUAUCUUAACAAAGGUAUGUUCAAUUCAAUUUUCAUAAACGAUGCAUCAUA